AUGUCGCAAACCAAGGGCAUAACGAAACUAGCCUACUCGCGAACAUGGCACCACAUCUCAGCGAACACUCCUCAUCAUGGCAUGAGUACCAUCCGACCCAUUCCAGCUCUCACAGACCCCAACAUUACACCUCCACCCCUCGGCCGUCUAGCAUCGCGGAUUGCAGUUCUCCUGAUGGGUAAAAACAAGCCAAUUUUUGAUCCUUCAACCGACUGCGGCGACUAUGUGGUGGUUACCAAUUGCUCUCAUCUUCAUACGACAGGAAAGAAGCGGUGGCAGAAGUUAUAUUACAGACACAAUACCAGGCCUGGAAACUUGAAGUCAAUCAGUAUGGAUUCGCUGAUGGGAAAGCUGGGUGGAGCGGAGGUUUUGCGGAAAGCUGUCAGCGGCAUGUUACCGAAGAAUAGACUACGAGAUGAUCGAUUAAACCGGCUGAAGGCUUUUGAGGGAGACGCUCACCCAUACAAACCGAAUAUUGUGAGGUUUGCGGGACGGCCGAUGGUUGCGAAAUGGCCCUUAGAAGAGGCAGCGAAGCCGACAGCAAAAGAUGCAAAAGCAUAA